AUGAUUCAUAGUGACGGUGUUCCUCUCUAUAAAUCUAAAAAUUGUAGUGCAUGGCCAAUAUUAGGUGCUGUUCUGGAACUUCCUCCUUUUUCUCGAACCCGUGCUGAUAAUAUUCUACUUCUAGCUAUUUGGGUAGAUGAUCUUUCAAAAAUAAGCGAAAAACUUCGUUCAAUGCAUUUUAUACACGAUAUUCUUCGUCGACCAAGAUCACUCGCCAAUAUACAUAAAUGGAAAGCUUCGGAAGUACGAACAUUUAUUUUGUAUAUUGGAUUACCAGUACUUGUUGAAUCUUUACCUGAGGAGAUAAGUGGAAAUUUAGCACUAUACACAGUUAUUCUUCGUCUUCUACAUGAUUAUUGGGACAAUAAUAAAAAUAUUAAUGAUUCAGUUUGUUCUUUAUUGAAAAUUUAUAUAAAGAAUCUGUCGAAAAAUGUAAAUUCUGAUGUAUAUCCACCUAAAAUGCUCACUAUUUCAACUCACACUCAUCUUCAUCUUCCUUUUCAAUGUAUAAAAUUUGGUCGAUUAGAUUGGCUGUCAAAUUUUGUUUUUGAAAGCUUUCUUGGGUUUUUGAAAGCGUUUGUGAAAGGCUCUUCUGGAGCAGGUGAUCAAAUUGCAUUUGCAUUUAUAUCAAAUUUCUUUCUUCCAAAAAUUCAAGAAAAUGUAAAUCGUUCCUAUGGUCAUUUUUCUAUCGAUCAAAAAACAUUUGGUAGUAACAUCUUAAAAAUGAAGAAUGAUGAGCUUAUCAAUUUCUUAAAUAAUGUUUAUAUUGUUGUUAAACGUGUAGAACCUUCACUUGUACAGCUUGAUGGUUUGGAUGUUUUUCCUAUAUCAUGUAUUCGUUCUCGUUGUUUUUCUAUUCCUUUGGGUAAAGAAUUAAUGGUUGUUACAAGUUAUUCAUGUGCAUAUGAGCACAAUUAA